AUGGGUAAUUUCGGCAGCACCAGCUCCGGUCGCCGGAGGCACCGGACCCAACCGCCUCAAGGGCAUGGCUUUGUUGCUGCCACACCACCCUACCCAUCUCAAUAUCCAAACGGACCAGACCCCAAUCCAAGCCAACACCCCCAGUACCCAUCUCAGUAUCCAAAUGCACCAAACCCAAAUCCAUCCCAAUUCUUCCAAUACCCUGGUUUCUACCCACCACCGCCUGUCCCGGGUCCCUAUCCGCAGCCUUAUCACGGCGGUGGGGUCUACAUGGGCCCCCCUCCCGCCAAUUGGGCACCCGGGCAGUUGCCUUAUGGAGCUGCCCCUCCCCCUCCGGGUGCUCCAUUUGUGGAACAUCAAAAGACAGUCACCAUUAAGAAUGACGUCAAUAUCAAGAAAGACUCUCUGCGGGUUGAGCCGGAUGAGGAGAAUCCCGGGAGGUUCCUUAUUGCGUUCACUUUUGAUGCUGCUGCGCCCGGAAGCAUUACAGUUAUGUUUUUUGUUAAAGAAGAUGCAGACUGUAACCUGAUAGCAACAAAGGAAAGCUUGUUUAAAUCUGUUACAGUGCCUUUUGAGAAAGGACUUGGCCAGAAGUUUAGACAACCUUCUGGAACUGGGAUUGACUUCUCAAUGUUUGAGGAGAUAGGGUUAACGAAAGAGGGUGACAUAGAAGUUUAUCCUCUUGUGGUGAAGGCUGAAGCAUUCCCUUUAAAUGCUGGUGAACGAGAAUCAGAUGGAAAUUCAGCUGGGAACUCUCAGAUCACCCAGGCAGUGUUUGAAAAGAAGGAGAAUGGGGAGUACAAAGUGCGGGUGAUGAAGCAGAUACUAUGGGUGAAUGGGAUGAGGUACGAGCUCCAGGAGAUCUAUGGUAUUGGGAAUGCAGUUGAAGGUGAUCAAAAUGGAAAUGAUUCUGGGAAAGAAUGUAUAAUAUGCUUGUCAGAGCCUCGAGACACAACUGUCCUCCCAUGCCGGCACAUGUGCAUGUGCAGCGGUUGUGCUAAGGUUCUGAGGUUCCAGACAAAUAGGUGCCCCGUCUGUAGGCAACCAGUUGAACGACUCUUGGAAAUCAAGGUGAACAAUGAAGCCAAUAGCUCAGAGUAA